CCAGCGGGUGGCGCUAAAACACAUCCGUUCGCCAAACACCAGUAAACCUCAGAGGAAGAAGAUUUGUUUCACCGCGCUCUCUGUUGUUUUGUUGUUAUGCUGGGUGAAACAAACGGCUAAAAAUAAUUGUUUCUGUAAAUAGACAAUACUGUACAGUUUUUGAGUUAGGUCAGUAAAUACCUGUAAUAUUAUCAUCCUCACAGUCGUGACUAAGUGUUGAAUCAAGCAGGAAUAUAUGGAGGAGUUUAUCAUCUGAACUGAGAUCUGCUGCUGUGAACAUGAUGUUUGUUAAAGAGGAGAGAGAAGAGGACAAGAGUGAACCAGAAACCUGGAUAAUAAAACAAGAGGAACCAGAAACCUGGAGAAUAAAACACGAGGAAUCAGAAACCUGGAGGAUAAAACAAGAGGAACAAGGAGAGUUAAAUGAAGAUAAUGGGGAGAAUGAAGAAUUGAGUGAAGAUAAGGAGAGAAAUCAUGUCAAACGUAGAGAAAAACCCUUGAGGUCUUCUCAAACCAAACAGAAAGAAUUAAAGAAAAGAAGAGCCAAGAAAUCUUUUAGCUGCACUCAGUGUGGAAAGAGUUUCACACGCAAACUAAGUGUUGAUGUUCACAUGAGAGUUCAUACUGGGGAGAAACCAUUCACUUGUGAUCAGUGUGGGAAGAGUUUCAAACAAUUGUUCAGCUUAAAGAGACAUGUGCACAUCCACACUAGAGAGAAACUGUACUCAUGUGAUCAGUGCGGCAAAAGAUAUUUCAGAGCUUCAGACCUGAAGAUACACCUGAGAGCUCAUGUAAAGAAGGAGCAACAUUCAUGUCAUUUGUGCGGCAAGAGUUUUUCAUGUUUAAAAAGUUUGAAAGUACAUCAGAAAACACACACUGGUGUGAGAGAGUACAAGUGUUUUGAGUGUGAAAAGACUUUUAUUACAACGGGCAAUUUGAAACGGCACCAGAGGAUCCACUCUGGAGAGAAACCUCACAAGUGUUCACACUGUGACAAGAGAUUCAAUCAGUCAUCACAUCUGAAAAAACAUGAGAGGAUUCACACUGGAGAGAAACCGUAUCACUGACUGUGGGAAGUGUUUCAAUAAUUCAUAUGCUCUUCAAAGUCAUACAAAAAACAAUCACAAUGAGUAGAUCAUCUUCAGAUCCAGCACAUUCAGAUCUGAUUCUGUGUCCUUAACAACUCCUUCUCAAAUGUAAUUUAUUAUUUUAUCUGGGUCAUGAACGAUGCCAUAUUCAUAAAUGAAUCCCUUUUUGAGUAUA